CCUGCUACGGGAGGGUGUGUACCGCUUCUCUCCGCUGCCGUUCGCUUGCCAUCUCCAAACAAAUCUACAAGGAGCUGCUUGGUCUACAUAAAUUGAACUUUUCGAAAAUAUUUUUGUAAAUUUGAAAAGAAAUGACGGAAUAGAGAACAAGAUCGUUACUGAUAGUUAUAUAUCAUCGGAGCACAGUUAACGGAUAUCACCAGUAGCAGAGACUUCAACAAAUGAAAGUUUUCGGAAGGAUGAUUGCCCACCCUGCACUGCUGCUGCUCGUGUCAAGUUGCGUGGUGCUGGCGAGUGUCGCUGAACGCGUCCCAUACGACGGCCCUCUCACCCUGGCCAGCGCGUACGGCAGAGGGUAUAAUGAGGGUAAUGCCCUCACACACGACCUCGACGAACCUCCUGCUGGAGGUGACAACCAAGACCUGCAAGAACUUAGGGGAAGCAAAGUUGUAUCUCCGAAUUUUAUACAUUAUAAAGAUAAAGAUACAUCAGGCAUGAUGGGAUUGAGAGACCCACAGCUCGAUGAGGAAGAACUCGAACAGGCGUACGGGGAGGAUGACGUCACAUACGCUGAUAUGAGGAACGCGUACGGCCCUGUGGGUGUAAGGGAGAAGAAGACGCCUAGAGGGUUCGUAGGUUUGCGUGGCAAGAAAGCACCAUCAGGCUUCCUGGGCGUCCGCGGCAAGAAGGAAGCUCCGCAGAACCUGGGCGACCUGUUGAGGGCCCUGUCGCUGCAAUACCAGCAUCAGUCGAGCUACAAACGCGCCCCUCUGGGUUUCAUCGGCAUGCGGGGGCGGCGCACGGACACAGCAUCGCUGCAUGAGCUGCAUCGCGCCGGAGUGCAGAGCGGCCCCGGUCGUGGCAGCACGCCGCUAAAGAGAGCGCCUCCACAGUACGGUUUCAUCGGACUUAGAGGGUGAACGAAGCUACAGGAGAACUGAUGAAUGUAAAAUCUCGAACAUUAAUAUGGUUAGUGACAGGUUCAUUCGCAAUCAGGCUCUUGGUAAAUAUUGCUGGCCUUGUUAAGAAACAGAGUUAUUUUUAUAAAAAGCAUUACGCUUUGAUUCGGAAUUAAAUUCGAUACUUUGCACUAACACCCAUUUUUGCUCGCAAUAUUCGUCCAAUUCUAUUCCCGGAGAAAAUAUUGGGAGUCAUUCGAUGAAUACAAAAAUUCUUUCAUAUUUUUUAGAUCAAUUCUUGCAAUUGCGAAUAGUUAAUUUAUUGGGAACGAUCUUGUGCGAAUGUGGUGACUCCUUGUCUGAAGCGGACCGAAUUCUCAACAGAAGAUGACACGCAAGACUGACACUUCAGGUCAUUAUUACGUGGUUGAGAUUGUUAGUAAUCGUAUUAAAAACGAACAAAACUUGAAAUUGCCUUGUCAUGAGUAUAUUCAAGGGCUCGUUCAUCACCACUUCAAACAAAUAUGAAAGCGCCACUCAUCGGUUUCAGCUUUAUGAGCAGGAAAUUUUUCUGCCUCACGUAGAACUUGAAUCUCACACGUAACUAAACCGUUUUUGUAGCAUCAUCUUUUCACGUCUUAUGUUAAUGGAUGAGACUUGAAUACAGAUCGUAAUGGAAUAAAGACCACACAAUUAUACAGCCGACACAAGGAAACGUAUUACCUAUUACACCAGAAUUCUAUAUCUCGUCAGGUUUAGAGUACAAUUUAUUGAAAGUGAACGGCUUACUUGCUUGAUUAAUUUAUUUAUGGCUACAGCAGGUCUGUUAGUCCCCGCCUCCUGUGGAAUUAUAGACCUGAAUAUGUAAAAGUCUUACCAGGAAAAUAAUAUCAAAUAAUAGCUUUACUCAAAGAAAGCAAAGUCGGCCUUGAAGCGAUCAGUUGUGUUACUAAUGAUAUGAUUCUGAAAACAUAUUCUACGUAUUAGACUUGCUUACUCGCUCAUUCUGAUACAUGGAAACUUAGUAAAUGUGUUCAGUGAACUGCAAUGCCGUGUCUAACAAUAACUUGCAGUUGAAGGAACAACUCGAGUGCUCUGCAACGACGCGGCUUUUUCUAUGCCUUGAUGAAUACUGCCCACUGCUGUAUUCAUUGCGCUAUUUCUCCCUCGCUCUAUAAAAAAUAUUAAUAAACUCAACUUCCUAACCAAAUACCAUAUCGUGGAAUGUCAAGUAUAAAAUAUAAGAAAACUGAUUUAAGAAUAACAAUUAACAUAUUCAUGCCGCAGAUAGGCCAUCCCAAUAAACUUAAUAAAAUCUUGACGAUUUAAAAAUAUUAAUUUUUCUCAAAAUGUUGGAACUUUUCAAGACAUAGAAGCAAAGGCUGAUCAGAGGAAAUUAAUCCCGGCGGCAAGUUGAAAAUUUGAAAGCAUGCUUGAAGAAUUUCAAGCAUGAAAAUUGGAAAGCAUGAUGAAGAAUUUCAACAUAUCCUUUAUGAUCGUUGUCGAGAUAUUACGUAGUUUAUUUAGUUCCUAAUACACCAUACAUGACAAUUUAGAACUGGAAUAGGAAGCUAGGGAUAUUUUAUGUGUACGUACUAUUGAAUAAAGGCUUUCAUCCA